GCGGAACCAGAGGGGAAGGGUCGCGGCCCUUCCCAGGGAGGUGGAAGCCCCCUGGCCAGGUGUCUCGGUGGUGGAGGGCGGAUUGAGGGGGUGGGGAGGCCCAGGCCGGGGCGUGUGUGGGAGAGCGGGGCCCUGAAGGCCUGGGUUCCAGGAGAAGGACAAGCCCUGAGGAAGAUGAGGGGAAGGGGAGCCGGGGCCAGAGGCCUGGAGUUGGAGAGGACAGAACCCCGGUUUUCCUGGAGGGAACGCCGUUCCUGUAGUAGCCAGGUCAGUGAUGCGGAGUGCCAGUGUCGUGGUCACCUGGCAGAAGGCUCCGCACUGUGGGAGGAACACAAGUUCAAGACCCCGCUGCUAAUGGGAGAGAAUUUUGCUUCACACAGUGGCGGUUAAGAGGAUAGGAAUGACACAAGGUGAGAGAAGGCCCAACCCUGUAAAUGGACAGAAAGUUGAGGCCCAGAGAGGGAACAGGUUUGCUUAAGGCCGCACAGCAAAGCUUGGGGUAGAAACAAGAUUUGAAUUCCUGAUUCCCAGGUUAAAGACCUAUGCAAAGUAACACCACUGCCUCCCCUCCUGCCCCAAGCCUCCUGGUUAAAGGCAUGGUCCUGCUGUUGUGCAGGGGGGCAGGGAAGGCGCCACACUUGAGAACAUGGGCUGAACUCCCUGGGUUCAAAUCCCGUGGCUACUGUUAUGAGCUGGGUGGACUGGAAAGUACCUUACCUCUUCUGUGCCUCAGCUUCUUCAUCUGAGACGAGGCCAGCGUGAGUCUCAAUUGUGAGGAUUUGAUGAGUUAAUAUUUGUAAGACAUGUUAAAAAGAGCCUAGCACAUACCAAGUGCAACAUAAGCAUUUGAUAAAUAAGUGAAGUGUUUGACAACAGUCCUUGAGAACCCACAGGCUUCUGGGCAGCAUUUGAAGUGCAAGGGAAUUUUCAUUUCUUUGGGUGUGGGAGAGCACGAGGUCCCUGUCCAUGAGGAAUUUAUAUUCUACUAGGGGAGACAGGUAAGUGGACAAGUAGAAAUAAUUAAUGAAGAACGGAAGAUUGAACUUAGAGAAGGAGAGGGGUGAGCGUAUUUAGAUAAGGGGGCCAGUAAGACCUCCCUGAGACAUGGGUUGCUGAAUCACAAGUAGGGUCAGCAAGGCGAAGAUUUGGGGAGAAAGGUGUUCCAGGAAGAGGGCCCAGCACAAGGAGGGGAAGGCCCCAGGUGGCUAGGCUGGAGGAGAGAAAGCGCAGUAUGCAGGACUGGGGAGGGUGGGAUGGUCUCCAAGACCUGGGUAAAGAGCCUGCGUUUAUUCUGCAGUUGGGAGACCCCUAGAGGGUUUUCAGCACGGGAGGGCCAUGUCUGAUUUAUGUGUCUAAAAGGCCAGUCUGCAAGCGUAGGGUGGACUGGAGAGAGAGGAGCGUGGAAUUGGGCACCAAUGAGAAAGAUUGUUCUGGGGUUAUCCUGGUAUCUGAGGUGGUUGCAGGGAAGGUCUCCAACUCUUCAGGCCACAUCGGGUCUAGACCAUGAAGGUAACCAGGGAGGCUCCUGGGAAAAUCUGUCACCAGACUCCAUCUGGGGUGGGAGUGGAGAUGGGGGCUGCUGAUGAAGUCAGAGAAGAGGCAGCCUCCUGCCCUGGACUUCCAGAAGGCUCUGCUGUUCACUGUUCCUCAAGACACAUACACACUCACAUACCUGCUGGGGGAUUAGGAAACUGGAGAUUAGGGAAGGAUAAUAAUUGAACCACCUGCUAUUUAUAUAUAGCACCUUUGGCAAAGGCGCUCAGCAGGGCUUCCCUCACCGCUCCCCCUGGAGGGGGCCCUGACCCUUGUUCUCUGUCCACAUAAAAAUCAUCCUUGGCCAACCUCAAGGCUGAGAAGCCAUUGGGACCCACGGACCAUGGGUAGACUGAUGUGAGGGGCAACUUGUCUGAGGCCACACAGAGAUUAUGGCAGAUAAUUGACAUGAAUCAGCCACCCGCACAGCAGGAGGUCUGUGCUGCCCUGCGUUAAAAUCUAACUGCCUUCACACAUGUUCACGCACGCACUCAACAGUAUUAAGCAUCUGCUAGGUGCCAGGCACUAGGAAUGCAACAGUUGGAAAACAGAUAAAAAUCCCUGCCCUCAAGAAGGUGACAUUUUAGUGGAAGGAAACGAACCGAUAAGAUAAGUAAAUUAUUUAGUUUGUCAAAUGGGACAGGUGCUACGGGGUCGGGGGAAUUAGCCAGGGAAGAGGCCCAGGAGUGCUGAUGAGAGGGAUAGAUUGCAAUUUUGAAAACGGAUCAAGGAAGGUCUCACCGAGGAGGUGAGAUGGGAAGCCAGGGGUGGUUGCAUCCCUGCUUUUGCUGCUUGACUCUGCUCUUACUCCUAGAGGGCACAAUCUGUCAGCAAAUCCUGCCUGCUGGGCCUUCUCAUCACAACCAGAGCCAAACCACUUCUCAGCACCUCCGUUGCUUCCGCCCUCGUCUGAGCCUCCACCGCUCUCACCUGGGCGCCCUAUUUCCACCUUGUGCCUUCUGUCGAUUCCUCACUCACCAGCCCGAGGAAUCCUUGCACAGAAGUCAGAUCACAUUCCUUCCCUGUUGUCAAGGGAAGAAGACAAAUGGGCAUGAGAAGGAGAGGAUCAGGGGCUUGGAAGCCAAGAUUUUGCCAAUUUGACUUAUGCAACUUGGGCAAAAAAAAAUUUUGAGCCUCAGUCUUUUCAUCUGUGAAAUAGGGAUAACAAACUCUGAUACGAGGGGUCAGUAGUGACAAGGAUGUGAAAGCAGCCAUGAUGGCAUGGCAGGGCCUAUCUGGAGUUUGGCCUUUGCAAGGGGGUAGAUGACACCCUUGUGUGUUCUAGGUCCUUUGAGAUAGAUUAUCUCACUGAAGGCUCAGCAACUCCGCGGUGUUCCCAGAGGUGAGGAAACACACUGAGAGACAGAACACGACUUGGCCAGGGCCACCCUGUGGGGCACGCUGGCACCUGCACAGCCCAGCUUCACCUGGUUCCAGCCCUGCCCGCGCUCUGCUCCCCACUUCCCGUAACUCUGGGCUGGCGUCAGCAGGCAGGCCUGCCAGGAGGCUGGAGCUGCCAACGACCUAUUUUUCUAGGCAAGAAGAGCCAUUUGGAGUUAGAGGUCUCAGCUGUGAAGCCAGAACAAUAAAAAUAAAAACAGCGCGGACUCCUGGGCAGCCUGGACCAGGGAACCAACUGCCCCAAGAGUUGCUGCUCACCAGGCUGGAAGGUGAGGCAGCUGAGACUUCAGGAGGCCUCUGCUCACACGCCACCUCCUUGAGAUGCCUUGCCAGACCACCCUGUUAAAGCCUCCAUCCAACCACAGCUGCACAGGCAUCAGAGCUUUGGUUCUACAACGUGAGCUGAUACCAAUAGCCCCUGGAGGGAUUGUUAAAACACUGAUUCCAGGGCCCUAGCCAUGGAGUGUCUGAUUCAGUAGGCCUUAGGUGAGGUCUGAAAAUCUGCGUUUCUAACAAGGUCCCAGGUGAUACUGACGCUACUGAUUCAGGGAUCACACUUUGAGAACUGCUGAAUAGACUGCCAUUCAAGCCAAGCCAAUCCUCUUGGCUCUACCUUCAAAAUAAACCCAGAAUCCAACCACACCUUCCCACCUGCAUCACACUCCGGUCCCAGUACCUUCAUUUCUCACCUGGAUUAGUGCGGUCACUUCCUCACUGGCUCCGUACUUCCUGGACUCCCCACCUUGUUGCUUCUUCAAUAAAAGCCUCCCAAUGGCCUUCCACUCCUUCUCUUGGAGUAAAACCUGAAGUUCUCAAUGCAGCUCAAAAGGCCCCCUGUGAUCCCCUGCUUCACUGACCCGGUCUCCCUGCACUCUCCCCCUUGCUCACUCCACUCCAGUGAAUUCACCAUCUCAGUAUUCCUUGAACAUGCCCAGCAGGUGCCUACCCCAGGGCCUUUGCACGGGCUGUUCCCUGUGCCAAGAACCCUCUUCCCCAGCUAGCUGCCUAGUUUGCCCCUGACUCUUCCUUAGGGUCUAUGCUCAAAUAUCACCUCCGCAGAGAAGCAUGUCCUGACCACUCAGCUAAAACUGUCCCAUCACUUCCUAUUCCCUACUCCACUUUAUUUUUUGAUAGCAUUUCCAUUUCUUGACAGCAUAUCAAUGUUAUACAUUUGAUUGGUUGCGUGGCUCUCCUACUGAUCUUUGAGCUCCAUGUGAGCUCUUUGCCUUUGUUCGCUAGCACCUGGAGCUGAGCCCACACAGAGUAGGGCCUCAGGCAGAAACUACUGAUAGAGUGAAAGAAGGAGCAGGAAGCAGGAAACAGGAAGCAGGAUGCAGCUCUGUCCAUGAGGGCACUGGCGGCUGGAUCCAGGGGCUCAGGCUCCGCCACCCGAGGGCCUGGCUUGGCAUGGGUUUCCUGAAGGAACAGGUGUCCUCGUUGAACUCCCCCGGCUGCUUUCCUGGGCAGGGAAGCCAAGACUCUAGUUGGCCUCAUUCCUGUACCCGAGAGAGGAAGUGUCCGUCCCUGGGCAGGAACUGGUUUGGCUCUCAGGGAAAGCCUAAACAACACAUACCACUUUCUUUGCUGCUGCAGCUUCUGAUUGGGACCAUGCCCUCUGGGUAGCAGUUGGCCACACCAGCCUUCAUGCUGCCACUGCUGCUGGAGCAAGGAGGGAAGUGGAUUGGGAAGUCUCCCAGAGCCCUUUGGACUGUACCUGAUGGGAGCCUCAUAGCUGUGCCAUACCUAUUGUACAGAUGAGUAAACAGAGGCUCUACCUGACCAACAUAUUGACUUAGUGGCACAGAAAGGCCAUAAACCCAGAUCUUUUGAUAGCAAAUCCCUUAGUCCCCCUCCUUACUCCCAACUCACACCCUGCUGCUCCAAUGCCUACAACCCUGGGCUGGUUCAUACUUGAAAUUCCACCAUUAUAGUUUUCUUUCUCACUGUGUCUCAUUCCCUCUUCAGCAAAAAAGGUGGUAACUAUCCCCAUGAAUCUCUGGGAAUAGAUGAGGAGACUGAGGCGCAGAAAGGGAAAUGGGUGGCCUGAGCUCUCACGGCCUGUAGGCAUGACAGGCCAAGUUAGAAAAUGUUAGUCUGUUUUUCCUCUUUAUGUUUCUUCUCUUCAGCUUUAAGCAAAUAGUUGGGCUUAGUAAACAGGCGCUGCAGGGAUUUAGGCAGAAAAAUGAAGUCCCCUUAGUCUUUAGUAAAGUCUAAAACCAAAGAGAUUCCCAGGAAAGACUGGGAGAGAUUGGGGGCAAGCACACUGGAGAAGCUGGAGGGGGUCAGGCUGACAGGGGGUGCUGCCCCCACGCCAGCAGGAUUGGGGAGGGGACAAGGCCUCCAGGGCAGGCCUCAUGGUGGCUCCAGGUAGCCAUAACUGUGUCUCAAGACCUCUGCCCUCACGGAAGACCCCACAGGGUGACUGAGAUGGGGGUCCCUUAGGGUGGGACAAUGGGCACGGCCUCCAUCAGCCAACAGAUAUUUAUUGAGCAUCUACUAUGGCCAGGGGCUCAGCUGGAUGCUGGAAAUGAGAUAGUCACAGUUCCUGCACUCAAGGCAUUCACAUUCUAGUGGGGGAGAUGGAAAGAUAAAUGUAUGAAUUAGCGGGGAGGGGAUGCUAUUCUAUGCAGUGGAGGUCUCACUCAGGGAGUGGAGUUUCCUAAGGAAAGUAUGAAGGAGAGCCAUAGGAACACCAGGUGAAAGGAAUGGCCAGUGCAAAGACCCCGGGAAGACCCUGGGAUGACAAGUUCAAGGGCAGCUGGGCAGCCAGGCAACGGGAAACUAGCCAGGAGUGAGGCGGGAGAUGAGGUUAGAGAGGAAGCAGGGCCCAGUCUGUUGGGCCGUGCAGGCCAAGGUGAGGCCUUCAGCUUUUACUCAGAACCAGAUGGGAGCCACUGUGGGAUUAGGAGCCGAGGAGCUGCAGGCAAGCAGUGUGGACAGAUUCCUGGAAGCCACCUCAAAUGUCCAGAGACUCUCUAAGACCCUGGAUCUGAGCAGGCUCUGGAGAGGAGAGAGCCCCAAGAAUGACCAAAGUUGGGCUUGCUUCACGUCACCCCCAUGGGAUACAUUCACAGACCAGAUGAAUUUAAGUAAUUUGGGGCUUCUCAAACUUUAUUCUUGCUAAAUGCAGAUUCUGACUUAGUAGGUUUGUAGCGGGGCCAAGAUUCUGCAUUUCUCAUAAACUUCCAGGUGAGGUUGAAGCUGCUGGUCCCUGGACUGCACUCUGAGCAGUGAAGAUUUAAAGGAAAGAAAUGGCCACGUCUGGCCCAACUGUGCCUGUGGUUUGAGAAUCAUACCUGCUGCUUGGCCUCAAGGCCGUCAUUCAGGGCUUUUGACAAAUCGUGCAGCCCCUCCACUCAGCCUGUUGCCCCCAAAAACCAAAUGGGUCUUUCCCCAGCUCCAUGCUUCCUGUAUGACAUAGGAGUGGUCAGGGUGGGCAGUGGGCUCCGGAGCCAGCUUACUUGGGUCCAGAUUCCAGCCGUGGCAGCUACAGGUGGCAAGACUGUGGGGAAAUGAUUUUAUUUGUCUUGCCAUUUAGUUUCUCAUCUGCAAAAUGGAAAACUCAUGACAGCUUCUUUGCAGAGCUAUUUGAAGAUUCAAAGGCAUAAUAUAUAUCAAAAGUCUGGCACACAGGAGGGACUUCAUAAAUGUUAUAUCACUUUCCCUUCAGUUUCACCUGUCCUUUAAAGUAGUGAUCUAUGUACCUUUAUCUCAUUUUUUCAAAUUUUUCUAUUUUGUGUAUGUGUUCUAUGAAGUACAUAACAAAGAAAUAUACAAAAAUUUGUAAAAAGUAUCAAAUGUACAUACAUUGAGGAAUACAUGUUUUAAAUGUUUUUACUAAUAGGGAAGAUGAUACAAAACAUUUUGAAGACCACUGUUUUGAAGCCCAGUGGAAUUGAUAGAAAUAGACUCGCAGGGCUGGAAUAGAUUUUAAAGGCCUUCAAUUCCCCUGGCACCCACUCUCCCAUCUGAUGCCCAAAACCCUUGGUUGCACUAGAUUGCCUCCAGGGGUGGGGAGCUCACUACCUUUCCAGGCGAUCCAUUUUGUACAGCUCUGGGAAUGGUUUCCUGAACCCAGUGCCUAUCUGUAUUCUAGCUGCCUCUGAGUUCCCAGGGACUGACUGAACUGCUCCUCCCCUUACUCCACUGUGUCAGAGCCCUGGGAUCUCCCAGGGGCCCAGUGCCAGGUCGUGUGCAGAGUGGGCCUAAAUAAUGUCCCAUGAAUGAGAGGGAGUGGAAGAUGGGGAUGAGAAGGGGGAUUCUGACAACUCUCAUUUGGAGGUAUGUUAACAACUCAGCGCUGUUGUCCCCCUGGGAGUGUGUUGAUCUGUGUAACUCUGGAUCUGUAUCUAUUUGUUUGGGUUUAUUUGCAUGUGUUUGUACAUUUGAGUGUGUAUGCAUGCAUUGUGUGUUUUGCUGUGUGGCUAUAUAUGAGUGUGUGUGUAUGUCUAUGUUGCACCGCAAAUAUCCAUGUGUGCUGUGCAUGUCUUUCUCUGUUUUUCUGCAUGCCUGUGUGUCCAGGUGUAUGUCACUGUGGGGUUGUGUGUCUGUCUCUGGUUUGUUUGCAUGUGUGUGAGUGCUGCACACGUGGGCGUGUGCUGUUUGCAGUGUCUGUGUGUGCGUGCACAUCUCUCUCUCUUUCUUUGUGUGUCUGUGUGCCUGGGGCCCUCCUUUGUGUGUCUCUGUGUGUGUGUCUGAAUCUGCAGGAGUGCGUUUCCCUUCCCUGCUCAGCCCUUUCAGGGAGCUGGGGUGAUUCGCUGCAGCCUGGUCGACUUAAGGCCGUCCGACUGGCAGGCAGCAUGGGUUCCACACCCUCCUCUCUGUUCUGCUGUGCUAAUCACUGGGUUAUAUGCAGAUGGCAAAUGUGUGGCUGCCAGGCUUGGAGGAGGGACUGUGGAGGGGGGUGUGCAGAUGAGCAGACACCAAAGAGUGAAAAGACAAUUUAAAGGCAGAAAGGGGGAAAACAAGCCUGCUUGGCUUUGGAGUUAUGGGUGUGGGGUUCUUUCCAGAGGCGUGAAUUUUAUUAAGAGGAUGUGAUGACUACGAUGUCUUCCUUCCCCUAAUCAAGUAAGAGUCUUAGAAUCACAGGAUUCUAAAAUCUUGGAAUUGUCGAACUAUGGAAUUCUAGAAUCUCAGCUGAAUGCAACUCUAGACGCGUGGAACCUCUUCAAGGACCCUAAUCCUCCUGGGAUUUUAGCAUCUUCACAUGCACAUGCAGUUCUUCUUGUCCCCCUUCUCUUUGUAUAGAAUCAUGGCCAGAAAAUGACCUUGAAAAUUCAUCCAGUCCACCCCACCCUGGCUCCGGGCAGGGCAGUGGAGACAGAGGUCCAGCCAGUGAGGACAUUCUUGGAAGUGUUGCACUGGAAUCUUCCCUGGCUCUCUUGCUGGACAAGGACUUGUUGCCUGAAGGGUCUGGGGUCUCAUAUUACUCUCCCCACCGCCACCUUCCACAGGGACUGAGUUCCUGGUGAAGAUAAAGGCACCUGUGUUCCUAGGAUAUGUUCUUAGCAGUUCAGGAGCUGGCACAGGCUGCAGGUGUGGGGAGAGUAAAGGAGCAGGGCUCUGUUUCUCUGAGAUCCUCCCUCGGUGGAGUCUCAGUAACCUAGCCUGGGGUGGGGGUGGGUAGCCAACCAGGCAACCACACUCAUGCCCCAGGAUAUUCAGUGGGGUGUCUUCUUCCUCUUAUUGCUUCCUCUUACUGCUUAAAAGAGUAGACUAUGUCCAGUCGGGCACGGUGGCUCACACCUGUAAUCCCAGCACUUUGGGAGGCCCAAGUGGGUGGAUCACCUGAGGUCAGGAGUUCAAGACCAGCCUGGCCAACAUGGUGAAACCCUGUCUCUACUAAAAAUACAAAAAUUAGCUGGGCUUGGUGGCAGGUGCCUGUAAUCCUAUAAUCCCAGCUAAUCAGGAGGCUGAGGCAGGAGAAUCGCUUGAACCUGGGAGGCAGAGGUUGCAGUGAGCCAAGAUCACGCUAUUGCACUCCAGCCUGGGGGACAAGAGUGAGACUUCAUCUCAAAAAAAAAAAAAAAAAAAAAAAAAAGAGAGCAGACUAUGUCCUACCUCAGGAAUCCUGGGAGCCAUGGACUAUUCCUGAGGGAGGGCAUUGCACUGUACUUUGAAACCCUCCAGGACUCACCUAUACUCUUUAAUGUGGCAGCUUUUCAGGCUCUGGCUACUAGCCAUCCCAUCCCUCCUUCCCUCCCUCGCUCCCUGCCUCACUCCCUCCCUUUCACACAUGUCCAGCCGCAGUGAACUCCCUAUUCACCUUGAAGCUACUUGACUUCAUGCCUCUGAAUGUUUGCACAGGCUCGCUCUCUUCUUUAUCUCUUCUUCUUGGUGCAAACCUUGUUCAUCCUUGGAAUACAAGCUCUCACUCAAUUGUAAGCACCAUGAGAGAGUUUGGUUUAUUUAAUACUUUAUUUCCCUGAAUCUACAACAUUUGGCACACAGUAGGUAUUGAACCAAUGUUUGUUAAAUGACUGACUGAAUGUACGGUUCAAAGUCAGCUCAUUUCUACUCUAAAGCCUCAAUUCUCCAAUCCCUUCUAGCUAUUUCCCUGGGGCCCGCACCACGCCCGAGAUUACCUGUGGUUGUGAGCCCUUGCUUACUUCUUCACCAGACAGGGAACCUCUUGAAGCUGGAGUCGUGUCUGAUUAAUCUUUUUACACGUAGCAUCCAGUUCAGGGCCUGGUACCCAGCAGGUGCCCAGCAAAUGUGGGGCCCUUGCCAGCAGCCUGGCUUGGUGACUUGAAAUCCCCUGUUGGUCCCAACUGCAUGCACCGGUCCAAGCUGUUGGCAACAUCUGCCUCAGAGUCUCAUUUGCAAUUAUACAUUCUCAGGCUCUUGCCACUUAAUAUUUAAUAACCAGGCGGCUGGCCUUCUCUGGCAGCCAGUUAAGUCCCUGAUUGCCUCUUGUCUGAACUUGGCCCCAAGUGAGGCAGGGACUGCUUUGGGGUUAAGUGUAAAGUCUGUGUCCUGAGUUGGGGGAUAGCAUAAGGCCAGACCGUUGGAGAUGGAGGAAGGAACGGCUGCUGGCUCAAGGCUUCUGGGUGACCUUACCAGGCAAGAGGCAGGUUGGGCAUUUGCUCCAACUGGUUCCACCUCUCCUCCCCUUCCAUGUAGGUCGACGCCCGCUCCUGGCCUCAUAACAGGGGAGGAGGAAGGGAGGAAAAUUGUUAAUGAGAGGGUCCCUGACUCACAUCUGAUUGGUCCAGGAGAGAGAAAGGGGGAUUCCGCCUGGGCUGUGUCCCAGCAGGAAAGGUGGUUCUAUCCUGUGUGGUUUGGUCACCAGGAGCCAGGGCAGUCCCUGCGAGGGCCUAUGGCGCCACGGAGUGGGGCUCUGGCAGCCGUGCCAGCCUCUCCUGGCACAAGGCUGGGGAAUCCUUCCAAGUUGGCUGUGGAAGGAGAUGAGGCAAUGGUGAUGACCUGACCCUAGGGGUAACCCAAGCUGCUGCCGAGCUCUGUGAAACCCUGCAGGCCCAGGGAGGCGUGGGUCAGUUCUAAAGGCUGACCUCUGCAGAACUGCUGGGGUGAGAGGGCGCAGAGAGGCCAAGUGACAUCCAAAGGUCAUGGGAGGCUCCAGGAAGGGGAACAGCAAGCACAAAGGCUCUGAGGCUGGACUCUGCUACCGAAGCCCGAGGUCCAGAGAAGGAUUCACACCUGGGAAUCUCAGACUUUAGAUCCCAGAGGACAUUUUACAGGGUCAAGAGAUCCCACUCUGCCCCUAACAAGCCCAGUGACAUGGGACAAGUCACUGUGGUGUUUAUACUGUCACCGCACAUGUUGGGCAACAUGACUGCCUGAACCCUUCCUGCAUGGAGUCCUCUGUUAUCCCCUCAGAGGUCAUUUGGUGCAAUCCAGGAAUCUGAGACCAGAAAUGCCGCUCUGUUGAUCGACAGGGCUGGUUCCUGUAGAAGGUGGUGCUUAGUGUAGAACACUAUGCUUUCCCAAUGGGCAGUGUUUACCAGCACUUACUGUAUGCAAGGGGCCAUGCUCAAUAAACCCUCUGCUAACAUGCAUGGUCUCAAUCACCUGUGCCAUCCUUGUCCCUUCCCUUUCCCUCUCCUGCUCAUCAUCCUCAGAUCCUGUGACAGUAUCUUUAAAACCCAGCCCAGCCCUGGUCCACUGUCUCGUCCCACGUUCCCCCGCACUACCCUUAUGGACCACAGCUGCUGUCAUGCCCGUGGCUGUACCAGCCUCUUUUCAGCUCCCCUGCACCACCCUGGCCCCUGCAAUCCAUCCCCUACCAGCAGCCAGGCGGCCUUUGAACCAUCAAAAUCAGAUCACGUCCCUCCCCUGCUCUGAACCUCCAGGGACUGCCAUGGUGCUUCCAGUCAAAAUGAAUCCUGCAGCCACGCUGCUCUACGUGGCCAGUCCCCACUCUUCUCCAUCCUGAGGUUGUCCAUCUUUGCUGCCCACUCUGCUUUAGCCACACUGGCCUCCUUCCUCUCCUCAAACGUGUCCCUUGAGGCCAACCUGGGGCCCUUCAAGGCUGUUGAUGUCACCUGUGCCUUAGUUCAAAUGCCUCCCCCCAGAGUAUCCUUCCUUCAUUCUCUAAAAGACCGCUCCUUCUUACAUCUGGCCCCUUGUUAUCCUAUUUCCAAGUUUUAUAGCACUUAUCACUUUCUCAUAUUUCUCUUAUUUAUUUAUGUGCACCCUCCCCCACCUGGAAUGCAAACUUCGUCAGAACAAGACUUGGUCCCUGUUGUUCCCUGCUGGUUCCCAGUGCCUAGAAGGCACCAGCACGUGGCAGGGACUCCAUGGGAUUUGUCAGAGGAGGGAUGACACGGCCUCGAGGGAUGAGUGUAAUAGUAGUAUCCCAUUUAAUAGAAAGCCCAGCAAUGCUAGGUGCCUGUGCAACUUACCAAACUUGUCAAGGGUGGAGUCGGGAUUCAAACCCCCAUCCAGGGGGCUCCAGCAUCUAUGCUUUUGUUCAGGAGGCUGCAUGCUGUGGUCAUGGUCAGAGCCCCUGAGCCCCAGGGACUCAGAGGUCAAUUAGGAGUGGGGGAGGGGGAGGCACUUGUGCUGGUGGUGCCUGGGAUGUGCUUCUCGAUUUUGCCCCCAGCUGGGGCCCUACCUUAAGGUUAGGGUUCUGGAACGAGGGGCAGCCUCACCCAUACCCCUCUGCCCAAAGGCUACCCCUGUAGCUCCUGUUGAGGCUGCUGGGCCCCCUGGAAGUCCCUGGCUUAGCUGUGGGUCAGUGAGCUCAUCCCCUGCCCACCCUACGGCUUUCCAACGCUCCCUCCCUCUGCCGCAGUCGUUGCUACACAAGUUAAUGGAAUAACAAGACACUUUACCUAUUAUCUGAUGCAAAUACCUUUCCUCGCCAGCACCAGCUCUACAGCUCAGAUCUUCCUGUAACCCAGCAAACAGGCCUUCCGCUCCAGGCUCCAGCUGGAGAGGCCUGAGCACCAGCCAGGCACUUACAACCCCCUAGCUCGAGCCCUGGAAGGAGGGGUCAGGGGUGUUGUGCUGAUGGGGUUGUGGCACCAAUCUUAGUACUUUUCACCGGCGACCGUACAGUGAGGCCCACUGUGCACAGGUAGUUUGCAUAUUUCACCUUCACGUGAUUACAUACAAUUCUGAUCCUCACUAGGCAGAUGUGAGGAUGAAAGGCUCAGGCAAGUCUGUGUAGCACUCAAGUGGUGGAUCCAGGUGGGUUUCACACCCACAUCCCAAAACUUGACCCCUCUCCUAUCCACUUCCUAAGGGCUUUGUCUGAGUGGCUCCAUUUAGACCCGAUUUCUCUAAUAGCUCCAUAGUAGGAGUUCUACUUAUAGACAAAGAAGACAAAGGGGGUAGCACCUUGCUCAGCCACACCAGGGUAAGUAGGACUGUAUGCCCAGGAAGGUGGAUGUGUGUGGGGGGGGUGCAGUUGGGUCAGGAGAGUUCCCAAAGCUUGCCCCUUGGGAAGCUCUGUCCUGGGACCCCCCCACCACCAAAACACACCUGGCCUAGUUCAUAUUCAGUGCUGCAGGCAUGUACAGGGCAUGUACGCAGGCGUGUACAGGGCACCUAGCAGGUGCUGGGAUCACCCAGAUGGAAGGUGGACCUUCUCCAAACAACUACAUGAAUCUCACAGGAUGGCAGGACAGACUUAAGCUCCCUGUGCCUCAGUUUUCUCAUCUCUAAAAUGGGGAAGAUAAUACUGUUACUUCUUCCGUAGAGUUGUGCUAAGGAUGAAGUGAGAAUGAAGCACUUAAAAGAGGACCGAGCACAUACUCAGUGACCAAUCAACAGCCGUUUUUAUUGUCACCUCCAGAUCCCACAUAGGCAGCUCUUCUCGAGGUCUAUUGUCCUGACAAAUAAAGCGCUAGAUCUGUCUAGGUCAGAAUUGCCUCUAAGCCAGUGGUUCUUAAACUCCAGUGUGCGCUUCAGAAUCCAGUAGCAUCAUGUGAAAAAUGUAGCCACAGCAGGUCUGAAUGGGCUUUUUAGGAAGCUGCCUGCAUCCCAUUCUGACACCGGUGGUUUGCAGCAGGGCUCAGACCCACUGCUCUGGGGGGCACCAAUGAGACUUUGUCAUGGGAACGUGACUCCUGGUGACCAGCCCCUCCUCAUCGCCAUCAAGGGAGGUUUAGGAUGUAGCAUAGUGGUCAAGGCCUUGCCAGGAGACCUGGGUUCAAAUCCCGGCUUCCCUCUUCUGGGCAAAUGGCUUCCCUCAUUUCCUUUUCUGAGACACAGAGGUUCCACAGUUCCCACCUCCCUGUCUGAGGGUUGGAUGAAUGCCUAUCCAGAGUGGGCCUGAGACAUGUUGCACACCCAGCAAGCAGGAGUGGCUGCCGCCUUCGCCCUGCAGCAGUUUGUCUUCUGAGGCUUCUGUCCCUGAGUGUUUUAUUUGCUGUUGAUAGAUUCCAGCUCAUGUUCAUGGGUCUGCACCUGCAUACAAAUGCCAAGAGGACUGGCCCACCCCCGGGAUCUGUCCUCACCCGCUCCUCACCAAGCACCCGGCUGCAAGUUCCCAGCAGGGCUCGGAAGUCCCGGGGCCUCCUGUGAAGCUGGGGCCACCAUGCUGGUCCAGCCUCCUUGGUUGUGGUCGUGGCCGGAAGCAGCCAGACUGCUGGCCCCUUUGAGAGCGGGUGUCUCUGUGAGAGAGUGACUGCUGGGAGGUCUUCAGGGAACUUGGGCGCCGCUGGGACAAUUGGUCGCUGUUUGGGGGAGUGAGGUUGGCAGGCCCUUGGCCCUCGGCACUGAGCCUCUGCCAGGCCCCUGCCAAGCCUGGGGCUGGUUUCCCACUGCCUGCUAGUUCCAGGGCCAUUUGGGGAGGGGGCCCAGGGGAAUUCAUUGCCCCGCUCUUCAGCGUCUUUGCUGUGGUCCAGGAAGCCCGGGCAGUGUCCGCUCUCAGACAGCAGGUCAGCACAGCCUCAGACAUGUUCUGAUGAUGCCCGCUGUGUACCAGGCUAGGGGCGGGAUACUUAGAACCAGCCUCCCAGAUGCCUUAGAGACCUCUCCAAUGGGCUGCCAGGGGCCUCACAGGCCAUGGUAAUGCAGAAGCCCUGGCUAGAUUGAGCCCUUGCAUGCUUGUUAACUCUGGUUGGCCCUAGUCAAGAGCCUUGGCUGGGGAAACAACUGAACAAAACAAAGCCUCUACCCUCCUGCAACUUACUUUCUCACGUGGGGAGGUGGGGGUCAAAGCUGUGACAGUGCGGGGGAGAAAAAUAAAGUGGGGAUGGAUACAGGGGGAUGGAUACAAGGGGGUGGAUACAGGGGGGUGGUUACAGGGGGAUGGAUACAGGGGGAUGGAUACAGGGGGAUGGAUACAGGGGGGUGGAUACAGGGGGGUGGUUACAGGGGGAUGGAUACAGGGGGAUGGACACGGGGAUGGAUACAGGGGGAUGGACACAGGGGGGUGGAUACAGGGGGGUGGACACGGGGAUGGAUACAGGGGGGUGGAUACAGGGGGGUGGACACAGGGGGAUGGACACGGGGAUGGAUACAGGGGGUGGACACGGGGAUGGACAUGGGGGAGGGACACGGGGAUGGAUACAGGGGGGUGGACACGGGGGUGGACACAGGGAUGGAUACAGGGGGAUGGACACGGGGGUGGAUACAGGGGGGUGGACACGGGGGUGGACACAGGGAUGGAUACAGGGGGAUGGACACAGGGGGAUGGACACGGGGAUGGAUACAGGGGGUGGAUACAAGGGGGUGGAUACAGGGGGAUGGAUACAGGGGGAUGGAUACAGGGGGAUGGAUACAGGGGGAUGGAUACAAGGGGGUGGACACAGGGGGAUGGACACGGGGGAUGGACACGGGGGAUGGACACGGGGAUGGACACGGGGGAUGGACACGGGGAUGGACACGGGGGUGGAUACAGGGGGGUGGACACGGGGGUGGAUACAAGGGGGUGGAUACAAGGGGGUGGAUACAAGGGGGUGGAUAUAGGGGGAUGGAUACAGGGGGACGGAUACAAGGGGGUGGACACGGGGAUGGACACGGGGGAUGGACACGGGGAUGGACACGGGGGUGGACACGGGGGAUGGACACGGGGGAUGGACACGGGGAAGGACACGGGGGUGGACACGGGGAUGGAUACAGGGGGAUGGACACGGGGGUGGAUACAGGGGGGUGGACACAGGGGGAUGGACACGGGGAUGGAUACAGGGGGGUGGAUACAAGGGGGUGGAUACAGGGGGAUGGAUACAGGGGGAUGGAUACAGGGGGAUGGAUACAAGGGGGUGGACACGGGGGAUGGACACGGGGGAUGGACACGGGGGAAUGGACACGGGGAUGGACACGGGGGUGGACACAGAGGGGUGGAAACGGGGAUGGAUACAGGGGGAUGGAUACAGGGGGGUGGAUACAGGGGGGUGGAUACAGGGGGGUGGUUACAGGGGGAUGGAUACAGGGGGAUGGAUACAGGGGGAUGGAUACAGGGGGAUGGACACGGGGAUGGAUACAGGGGGAUGGACACGGGGGUGGAUACAGGGGGAUGGACACGGGGGUGGAUACAGGGGGGCGGACACAGGGGGAUGGACACGGGGAUGGAUACAGGGGGGUGGAUACAAGGGGGUGGAUACAGGGGGAUGGACACGGGGAUGGAUACAGGGGGGUGGAUACAAGGGGGUGGAUACAGGGGGGUGGACACGGGGGGGUGGAUACAGGGGGGUGGUUACAGGGGGAUGGAUACAGGGGGAUGGACACAGGGGGAUGGAUACAGGGGGAUGGAUACAGGGGGAUGGAUACAAGGGGGUGGAUACAGGGGGAUGGAUACAGGGGGGUGGUUACAGGGGGAUGGAUACAAGGGGGUGGAUACAGGAGGAUGGAUACAGGGGGGUGGUUACAGGGGGAUGGAUACAGGGGGAUGGAUACAAGGGGGUGGAUACAGGGGGGUGGAUACAGGGGAAUGGAUACAGGGGGAUGGACACAGGGGGAUGGACACAGGGGCAUGGAUACAGGGGGAUGGAUACAGGGGGAUGGAUACAGGGGGAUGGCCACAGGGGGAUGGCCACAGGGGGAUGGAUACAGGGGAAUGGAUACAGGGGGAUGGACACAGGGGGAUGGACACAGGGGGAUGGACACAGGGGGGUGGAUACAGGGGGGUGGUUACAGGGGGAUGGAUACAGGGGGAUGGACACGGGGAUGGAUACAGGGGGAUAGACACGGGGAUGGAUACAGGGGGAUGGACACAGGGGGAUGGACACAGGGGGAUGGAUAUAAGGGGGUGGAUACAGUGGGGUGGAUACAGGGGGGUGGUUACAGGGGGAUGGACACGGGGGAUGGACACGGGGGAUGGACACGGGGGUGGAUACAGGGGGGUGGAUACAGGGGGGUGGAUACAGGGGGAUGGAUACAGGGGGGUGGAUACGGGGGGCUGGAUACAGGGGGGUGGAUACAGGGUGGUGGAUACACAGGGGUGGUGUGGGGGUGAUUUCUGCCAAGGGGUCGGGGAAGGUCUCUCUGAAAAGGUGACAUAUGAGUGGAGACAUGUAGCUAUGUGGAGGAAGAGUGUUCAGGCAGAAGGAACAGCAUGUGCAAAGCUGCUGAGCAGGGACAGGGCCUGACAUGUUUGAGAAAGGCUGGGAGGUGGGUGUGACUGGAGCAGAGGGAGGGAGAGGGGGAGGGGAGGCAAGGAGGCCUAAGCAGAGAAACUCCUCCCCACCACCAUUGUCCCGUCUUACAGACAGGAAACUGAGCCCAGAGAGGUUAAGCAACUUGCCUGAGGCCAUGCACCUGGUCAGUGGAGGUGCCUGGCUGGAUGCCCACUGUGAUGUCAGAGCCACUUAGCACCAUGUGACUAACAUGCUCUGUUGUAAAGCACAAGUGGCACCUUGUCAUCGGUGACCUGGGGUCUCUGAGUGCUAGUGGUUUCCCUUUUAACUGUAAGCCCAUUUGGCAAGGUUGUGUGCUGGGCACCCAGGAGCUGGGCCAUCUUUAAGGACCUUCCUGAGAUCUGGAGUCUGACAGGCCUGGGCCUGGGUUCUGACACAGGCUCUGCGGCCACACACUUCUUGUGUGAUCUUGGGCAAGUCAUCGUGUUCUCUGAGAAAUUACAUUGAUUACUGAGGAGGAGUCGCAUGCAGAGGAUCCCUGAGAGCUCUGGAAGAAUUUGUUGGAAGUGGGUUUUUGGAAUAAGAAACUGCGUGAGCAAAGAGACUGGGAAGUCCAAGAGCAUGGAGCUGGCAUCUGGAGAGGGCCCUUGGGCUGCAUCAUCCCAUAGUGGAAGGCAAAAGGAUGAGAAAACUGAGGUCCAGAUAAGCUGAGUCAUCCAAAGUCUCACAGCUACCAUGUGAACUGAGCCAGGAUUUGAACCCAGGCAUUCUGCCUCCAGAGCCCAGGCUGUUAACUGCUACAUUAUGCUGGACACGCUGCACCUGCCCCCAUUCCUACCCCAGGGGACCUCCUGUGUGCCAUGACGCUUCACAAUCAGAACCUCGCUUAAGCCUCAUGACAACUUUAUGCAUCUGGUCAUUUUGCAAAUCCAAUCAAUCAAUACGGAGCACUUGCUAUGUUCCUGAUGCUAAACUAGAUACCAGGGACACGGUGCAGAGGAUGAAGACAGAUAAGGACCCAUCUCUUGGGGAACUUACCGUCUAGAGAGAGAAGACAGCCAGUCGAGGAGAGAGGCAAUCGUGGGCAGUGCAGGAGAACAGGAAACACAGGGGGCUUUGCAAGCACAGAAUAGGGACUCAGUAAAUAUUCGUGGUUGAAUGGAAAGCUCUUAGGAUAAUGGCUUUCAGGUAGCUCUCCAAUGUGCCAGCCUAUUGUGUUAGUUAGGGCAGGAUAACUGCUGUUACAGACAACCCCCAAAUCUCAGUGACUCACAAUCUGUUUACUUGUCACUCAGGUCACAGUCCAGUGUAGGUCAACUCCUCAUGGUCACUCAGAGACCCAGGCCCUUCCAUCCAGGGGAGGGGAUCUUGAUUUCUUUUUUGAUCUUCUGCAUCCCCCAGCAGAGGAGAGGAAAAGGCAGGGUGUGGAGGAGCAUGGGGGAGGUUUUAUGGGCAGGCCUGGAAGGGAUUCAUGGCCAAUUCACCUGGUCUUGUGUGGGGGUGUAGGUAGUGACCUAGGAGUGAAGGAAGGAGCAGUGUCAUGCCCAGCAGUUCCCCCAGGUGAAUUCAAUGGAGGAGAGGUGAUUUUCCUAAACAAUGAGGGUUACUUAGGAAGGGGGCAUGGAUUCUGGGUGGUCACAGCCUUCUAACCGGUAUAUAUUCACUGCAGUAUGCUAGUCAGGAUUCUUUUAGCUUCAACUGAUAAAAACCCAACUCAAACUACUUAAGGAAAAGAGAAUGGUUCUGGUCUAGGAAGGUGGUUUCAGGAAUGGCUGGAUACAGGAACUCAACAGGGUCAUCUUUUCUGGUUGGCUUUAGCCUCCAGGCAGGCUGUCAAUGUGUGGUAGGGAAGCAGGCCACCAGCAGGUGCACCCAAACAUGUAUGCAACAAGCCCAGCAAGCCUGGCAGGAGCGAGGCAUAUGUAUCAUUUAUCUGUGUACAUCUAUAAUAUGUAUGUCAUAUAUCAUGUAUCCUCUCUAUAUAUCAUAUAUCCAUGUACAUAUCACAUAUGUCAUAUAUUGUAUAUCCUAUAUAUAUCAUAUAUAUGCCAUAUAUCCUCUAUACACAUCAUACAUCCAUGUAUAUAUAUGUAUCAUAUACAUGUCAUAUACCUACAUAUAUUAUAUAUCCAUAUCUAUGCCACAUACUCAUCCCAGAAAAUCACUUUGGUCCUGAAUGGGACCCAUGACCACUCUUGUUUUGGUGAUCUUGAUGGAAACCCCAAGUUUACAUGGUGUGGAGGAGGGACCAUUUUCCGAAAAAGGGACUCAGACAGACAAUACCGUCAAGUUCACUACAGGAGAGAUUACUAGAUCUUUCCAAGAACAUUGGGUCUAUCUCACAGUCCUAGGUGUCAAAAGGAAAAGAGAAAAGGAAGGUGUCAAAAGGAAAAAAGAGGAAACUUGAGAAAAAUAGGUGUCUAAUCUCUUUGUUAAUAGCCAAUUUCUAGGAGCCAGGUAUGGACUAUGUGAUUUUUAUGGCAUCAGCAUAUAAUGUUGCUUUCUUCCUCACUUAAGUUCAGAAGCAGUAGGAGACCGAGGAGUCAAGAGGUGAGGAACAAAAUGUCAGCUUAUUACAGAUAAAGCUGUUUAGAGAACGUGGCUUGGGCAUGCAGGCAAAUGGAACUGCUAACACUGAUCCUCAGAGUUGGACAGCCUUACCUUUGCAAUCACAGGUAGAUGGAUAAACACAGACCUCUCCCCUCUGACUCCUGGGACAGAACAUGUCUUCACAGGUAGCUGAUCCCAGGGUGAGAGAGGGCUCCCCUCUUCAUACUCACCAAUCAUUCAGUCCAGGUUUGUUGCUCUGAUGGAGGCCACCCCAACCCCCAGCCCCUUUUCAAAUGUGCACCACAGUAGGGAAUGAGGCCAGGACCUGAGACCUGGCUGCCUGGUGGGUAGACCCUGGAAUGUACAAGCAAACAGCCCCUAAUGCCGGGAGCUCCUGGUUCCUGAGGAAACAGAUGAAAUUUGUGAUGGGCAGAGAGUCAGAGAAAGAAGCAUUCUUGUUUUCCUUUAUUUUUUCAAAAAUGACUAUUCAAAUAAUACAAUCCACUGUGAAAAUUUUAAAAGGAAAAAAAAGCCAGGAAAGAAUUGUAAAACUGCAAGCCACCUUCAAUUCCAUCAUCUGGUGUUAACUAUCAUUACAUGUUGGUGUAUAUCCCUCGGGCCUUUGUGAGUGUGUGUGUUUAAACAAAAUUAGAAUCAUGCUCUAUGCAUAAUUUUUUAUCUGGCUCUCUUUAACAUUCUAUAUAAAGCAUUUCAGCAUGUCCACAAGGCUGGAGGCAGCACGAGGGCAGGAACCAAGUCUGCUUGAUGAUUGCUGUCUCCCCAGGGCCUUCCAUGUGGACCAUGCUAAAAAAAAAUAUUGCAGAAAAGAACGAUAUGCACAGGUAAUAUUGAUUAGGUGACUUCUAGGCAUCACCAUGCAUCAUCGAAUUACAUUCUUACAAGAUAAUGCAAUGGGCACCUCUAUGAACCAUACCUUGUAGAAGAGGAAACUGAGGCCAGGGGAGGUGAAGUAGCUCACACAAGGUCACCAUCAAUGUUACAUCCCUGCAUGAACACAUCCUGUAUGUGCAUCUUCCUACUUGACACAUUUUCUUCUUGCCACUUUCCAGUUUUAAUCAGGGAUAGAGGGAAGCUCUGUUUACUUGAGAGAGGACUCUUUAUUUGGAAAGAAGGUCUAUCCCAUUAUGAGAGGGGGAUGUGCUGAGGACUGUCACCCAGGCUUUGAGCCCCAUUGGGAUUCUUUUUUUUUUUUUUUUUUUUUUAAUUUUUCUUAAGACAAGGUUUUGCUCUGUCACCCAGGCUGGAGUGCAGUGGUGGGAUCUUAGCUUACUGCAACCUCAAACUCCUGGCCUUAAGUGAUCCUCCUCCCUCAGCCUCCUUGCAGCGUGAGCCACAGCAUCCCACUGGGACCCUUAAGCAGCCUGGGCACAGGAUGGUGAUGGGUCUGUCCUCACUUGGGCCCUGUUGCCCAUGACCCACCUGUCCCAGCUGUGUGUGUCAGUGCGUCUGCCUCUCUGCCAGAUGUUGGAGUCUCCCAGUAUGCCCCCACUGACUAUCUUUCAGAAUUCCACAGGGGCAGAUGCUCUUAAUGCCCCACCUGAGUCCCCUUGGCAUUUCUUUUCUGUUUCAGGACACAUGGGCCCUGUGUCUGGCUGCUGGCACAUGAGUCUCUGCUUGAGGGUUUAUCUGGCACUGGACCCUGCUCACCAGAAAUUGAUGCCUCCUGGGAGUAGCCUCCAACCAAUUACUCUAGGAAUUGGCAUUGAGAUCCUCCAGCCUCCUACCCUUGAAGUGGGCAACUCUGAGGCACGCUCGGUGCCGUCUCGCAGAACUCCCAGGAGGACUGAGCUCCCGUGGCCCACGGUGCUAACUGGCUUUCUAAUAAACACUUUAUGAGCCUUCUUCCCUUCCCUGUCUCACUUCCCUCUCCCUCCUCCCCAUAUCAGUGCUUCCUGGGGUCACAUCUCAGAUAAGAUUGGAUCCUUGGCUCAAGGUUUGCUUCUUAGGGAACCCAAACCGACACUUUUUCACUCUUUUCUUCCCUGCAGCCACCACCCACCUGAAUUCCCCCACAGGCUUCGUCUGCACUCUUUGCCCUCUAAUCCAUUGGCCACACUUGUCCUCAGAGUGGCCUUUUAUGUUUUGCCCCACUCCCUAUGUGGCUGAUUUCCCCUGGCCUCCAAGCUGAAGUCAGCCCAGCAUUCAAGGCUCUGUAUGUUUCUCCCUUGUCAACCUCUCCAGUAUCUUUUUGAAGUAUGACUCUUAUCCUAUGCUUAGGCCAUACUGACCUAUGUCAUCUGUUUCUGCCUUUGCACGUGCUGUUCCACCUGCCUGAUGUGCCCUUCCCUAUGCUGGUCAUUCAGAAAACUUCUACUCAUCCAGCAAGACCCAUCUCAGAAGUCACCUUCUCUGUGAAGCCUACCUAGAUCAUCCUAGAUAUUGACAGCCUCUCCCUUCUUUUGUGCCCCAUUUGUAUAUUAUUUUUCCCUUGUAUACAAUACUUAUAUUACUUUAUUGUAAUUAUGUGUUUGUAUUCUGUCUCCCCAACAGGACUGUGAGCUCCUCAAGGGCAGGAUCAGUCCUAUUCUCUCUCACCCCAGGGCCUGCCUAGCACUGACUCUGGGACAAAUUAGGUCCCCAAUGAAUACAGGUGUCCCUUGCUAUCCAAAUUUUCCUAUAUACUCAAAACCUAGAAACAAAAUAGGUUAGGACAACAUGGCGUCCCACAUGAUUCUGAGUCCAUUGUCCAAUACCUGCUACCUGAAUUUAGGAGUUCUAUGGAUUUGGAUGGCAAAAGAUACUUGUGUAUGAAUGAAUUAAUUACUUAAUGAAUGAGGGCAUUCAAAGCUGAGAGCGUUCAUCAACUCUGGGCACAGACCUGUGUGAAGUUGGUGGAGAGGAGGGAAGGAGGGAACAUGAAGAUGCCAAGCCAGAGCCAAGAAAGUUGUUUUGCUUUGGAAUAUAUUAUUUUUGCAGGUUGCUAUAGUUACCGCUGUGAAAUUAAAAAUUAAAACCUUGUGAAAGAGAGAGGGUUGACUGAGAUGAGGCAGUUCCUUGACAGGCUGAGUUAUUUAUCUUUUCCCCAUGUAACAUCUGGUUAUGUGCUUGCAAAUUUAUUUUUAAUUCAGAGCUCUAAAAAGGAUUUCGUGGCAGUGCGAGGUGCCUGGAUGAUUGGCUUGGGAGGGAAAGGUUAGAGGGUGGUAUUUGGGGCCUGCUGGUGACCCCCAGCUUCUCUCCUGGCCCUUGCUCCUGCUUCUCACACAACCUCUAGGAAUCAAGGGGUAGCUCGAAUGUGUCUGGACCCCCUGCCAAUCAAGCAGCAGCCGUAACCAUGGUUCCCAGAUGCAGAGCCAGGAUGGAGGCUGCUGUCUGGUUCCUGUGGUUCUUUGAGUGUGAGGACAAGCAUGGCUGGGAGUGGGGAAGAUUUCGAGUUCCUAUCUCUCCAGUCUGUCUCCUAACUUAUGUGUCUCUGAGUGUCUCCUGGGAUCUUUCUGGACCCCUCAUUCUGCCUUCCAGAAAGACAACAACUGUGGUUUAGGGGAGGCAACACUGGCCAGAGUUAAGAGAUGUGGGAUCUGGGUCCAGCCCAGCCACUGCUGGCUGUGUGACCUGGGGAAAUCACCUUCCCUCUCUGGUCCCUGUUCUCUCCAUUCUUCAGAGACUGGUUGGAGGCUGCAGUCACACACUGGAUCCCUACUGUAGGAAUCUAAGUGAGCCUAAGGAGGUGCCAGCCAUCAUUGGAGCCUAUUUUUGUGCUUUCGCCUGACUGGCCAAGGUGACAAGUUGGGAACCUGGGACAGGCUGCCCCAUGGGUUCCUUUACCCUGCCAAGCUUCUUCCUGCCUUGUACCUUUGCACUCUGUGUUUUCUGCCUGGAGCUUUCUUCCCCUAGAUGUUCACAGGACUCCCUUCUCCGUCCCACCCAGUCUUAUACGUCACCUCCUCAGCAGGGACUCUCCACCCAGCCAGUCUGGAAUGGCCUCGUCCUCCCUCCCCCACCUUGAAGCCUCUGCUUUUCUCUUCCAGCAUCUGCGCUGCCUAAAAUUCUCAAACUACAGGAAGUGGAGAGAACAGUACAGUGACCCUACACGCUUGUUACCAGCCUCACCUGUCACCCACAUGGAGUCCUUCCCAUUCGUGGGGUUUCCAGUUGUCCCCACCCUGAAGAUCACCACUGAAACCUCUGGGACCCAUGUACGUGUGCAAGACAGAGUGAAUGUCACCUGCCACGUCCUCCACUUCUAUCCCGCCCACCUGCAACUCACCUGGAUGGAGAACAGGCGCAUGAUCCAGACCCUGGUGUCCCCUCAGGCCACCAGAAAUCCAGAUGGGACAUACUCUCUGGAGCACACGUGGCAGGCAGAGGCCACACUGCAGGAGCGUGAGUUUGCUUGCUGGGUUCACGAUGAGCAGCCCCCACUCAAGGCCAACGUCACCCUGCAAGCCCAGGUGCGCAGGCAGGGGAAAGAACUAGAUGCUGCUCCUGGAGGCCUGGGUGUGACUGUGACGGAGACUCUGGAGCCACAGGAUAGACCAGGGAACUCAUUUUUCCUGCCAGGAGUGGCAGGUGAGGAGCUGCAGGUGAUUCAGCCUGAGGCAUUUGUGUCAGUUGCAGCUGAAGGGAUGGCCACUCUGAACUGCACUGUGACCUCCCUGCUCCCUGUGGGACCCAUCCAGUGGUUCAGAGGAGCUGGUCCAGGCCAGAAAUUAAUCUAUAGUCCAAAAAGAUGCCACUCUCCCCGGGUAACAACUAUUUCAGACCAGAGAAAGAGAAACAGCACAGACUAUUCCAUCCGCAUCAGUAGCAUCACCCUCAAAGAUGCUGGCACCUACUACUGUGUGAAGCUCCGGAGAGCAAUUCCUGCCAACGUGGAGAUUAAGUCUGGACCAGGGACUCAGAUGUCUGUGCGUGUCCGGGUGCCAGCUCCUACUGCCUCACUCCUCCUAGGUCUCCUCCUGGGCUCCAAGGUGCUGCUGCUGGUUGAUGUCUCUGCUGCCUACGUCCACCGGAAGCAGAAGGCCUGACUAGAAGUUUGAGAUCUCCCCAGCACAGACAUUUGGACGGAGCAGGCUCCUGAGGUCUCCAGGAUACCCAUCCCAGCCACCUGGCCCCACCCUCCUGGUCCUUUCCUGCU